CUCCUUAGUUUCGCGCAACUGCGCCUGCGCACCAUUGAUAAACCAUCAUGGCGGCGUCAUUACAAAAAUAUGAGCUAAUUUUCGGCGAUUGAAGGACUCCAGAAAUAUAAAAACACGGAAGAGAACAUGAACGGCGACAAGAAAUUAACCAAGGAAGACACAUGGAGACCAGCUGACCUGAAAAGACACAUCAGGGGGGAAGGCCAAGGAGAUGACUAUUUCAGACGAGAUGACAAUGAGAGAAAACACCGUGGUGGGGAAUCAACAGAGAGACGUCGCAGAGACCAGGAGAAGGAGUCCAGACGAGAGAGAGACAAACACAGGGAAAGGGAGAGUACAAGGGAAGGAAGAGAUGAGGUGGAAAAUGACAGAUAUGCAGAUCGACGUAAGGAGGGUUCUCGGGAUAGGAGAGGAGACAAGGAUAGGGAUAGAAGAGAUGAAAAGGAAAAGGAGAAAAGAAGGGAAAGAGACAAGGUAGUGGAUGGGAAGAGGAACGAUGAUGAUUACAGAGAGAACAGAGACAGAAGACGAGACAGAGAGGAAAAGCAUGACAGGGAAAGGGACAAGGAGAGACAUAGAGAUAAGGAGACAGAGAGGGAAAGGGACAAAGAGAGACAUAACAGGGAUGACAGGGAGAAGAGGAGGGAAGAGAGGGAUAAGGAAAGAAGGAGAGAAGAAGGGACCAGGGAGCACAGGAGUGAUAGGGAGAGAAGGAAACAUGAGGAUGGUAGAGAGAGGGAGAGAGAUCAAAUAGAAAAGCAUGAAGGAGAGAAAAGAGAGCGGCAGAGGGAGAGACAGAAACACAAUGAUGAAUAUGAAGAUAAGAGGACUGACAAAGAAAGACGAGAGAGACACGGAGACAGAAAACACCCGGAACUGAAGGAGGAAAGAGAACACAGAGAGGAGCAAAGAAGACAUAAGGAAGAGAGAGAGAGGAGACAUAAAGAGAAGGGACAUCAAGAGGAAAAGCGCAAGCAUGACGGUGAAUCCAGGGAGCAUCGAGGCUUGAAGGGGUCAGAUGCAGAGGUCAGGCAUCACCGUAGUGACAGAGAGCGAGCGGAACGGGAUAGAGACAAAGAGAGAAAGCACAGAGAGAGGACGGAGAGAGAACCGGAAAAAGAUCAUCACAGAGACAAAACCAGCGGCGCCAAGAAAACUGAAAAAAGUGACAGGCAUGAGACUAAAACUGAGGAAGUAGCAUCCGUAUCAGUAAAACAUGAAGAAGACUCAAAGGAGCCUGUUGUCAAUGCUGAAGAACAGGCUGAGCAGGAAUAUGAAGAUGACUUUGAGAAAGUGGACUACGAGGAGGAUUUUGAGGAGAUGGAUGAGAGUGCAAAUGAAGACGAGGAAGAGAAGGAACCACAGAAUCCAGAGGUGGGGGAAGAGAGAGAUGAACUUACAUCACAAAGGAGAAAAGAAAUUGAAGCGAUUAAAAGAGCGAUGGAUGAAGAGAAUGAGAGAGUGGGAACGGCUCAGUCCAGAAGCAGCACAAGCAGAGAUGAGGAAGAUGAGCCGAAGUGGACUAGAGGAUCUGAGAGGAGUCAAAGUAGAACCUCCCACCGUGGGAAGUUUAUCGAUUUUGUGGCUGCAAAACAACGUGAAGUCAGCAAUAAAGUUGCCACGAAACAGAAGAAGCGCAGCACAGAGCUUCUCCGCUUAAUUGACCUGGAUUUCUCCAUGACAUUCUCUCUUUUGGAUUUGCCACCUGUUAAUGAAUAUGACAUGUACAUUAGAAGCUUUGGAACCACAAACACCAAGCAGGCCUACGCUCAGUGCAACGAAGAUAAUGCUGACAGAGACGUCCAGACAGAAGAGAUAGAGGUGUGUGAGAAGUGGACGCAGCAUCCUUCUGAGCACAGUGGAGCCUGCGGAGAUCCAAACCUCUCCCAGGAAGCACGAGACAGAACCAUGAGUGAAAUUAACUUUGAUUCACAGCGUUUCACUGCGUUUCUGCACUCAGCCUCACAGGUCAUGGUUGUCCUCUUGGAAGAAGAUCAAGCUGAGAAGAAAUCUCUGAGGAAGCUGAAGUCCCAAACAGACGCCUUGUCUUUCAGCGAUGGAAGUUUACAGCUCAACACAAAGUUGCCUUUUCUUCAUGGUCGCCAUAUCCGCCUGGUGCACUUCUCUCAGGUCCAGAGACACACAAUGAUGUCAGUCCAUGACCCAACAUCCAAACCCAGCGCUGUGCAUCUCGACAGCUGCACCAUCAUCUGCAUAUGGAACAUCAGGGAGCCGUCCAGACCCCAAAGAAUUCUUGUUUACGAGUCGGAGUUGCAGUGCUGCUGCUUCAGCCCUGGAAAAGCCAUACUGGUGUUUGCAGGCACAUCAGUGGGCUCUGUUGUGCUCUGGGAUCUGAGGGAACAAGCUAAUAACCAUCACAGCAUGAAGAUAGGAGAGAAUGAAUGGAUCUUACGACAACCAACGUUCUCAACUGAUGCAGUUAUGGCCAGUGCAGGCCAUUUCUCAUGCGUGACAUCUGUAGAGGUUGUCCCCUCUGCCGUGGGUGGGGGGCUGAGGACAGAAGUCCCUCUUUUAGCAUCUGAGGAAGAGUCGUCAGGAUUGUCCUUCCAGCUGGCUUCUCUGGAUGAAAGCGGGGUUUUAAAUUUCUGGGUGGUGGUCGAACUCCCGAAAGCCAGCGAGGCCGGCUCACCAACAGAUCUCGGGCUCAGGCCGGGGGGCAAAGUAAAGCUGCUUCACAGCUCCUCCCUCCUUGCUGCUGAGAGGGUGUCACCUCGAGAUGCCAUGAAAACAGGACCCUUACAAACACUUCACUUAAAAUUCCUUCCUACAGAUUCCAGUCAUUUCUUUAUUGGCACCAACAUGGGUCUUGUCAAUCAUGGAACAAGUCAUGGUCUGAAGGCUCCACCAAAGUUUUACAGAUUUCAGGAGGCUGGAGUCCGACCUGUUGAUGUCACCUCAAUCAACUUUAAUCCAUUCCUGUCACAUAUGUUCCUGGUGGGUUGUGGUGACGGCAGAAUAAGAUUACACGCAGUGAGUCACGAGCAGCCGGUGGCCGAGUGGACAAAUGUUACAGCAGGUGAACCUGUGGUCUCACUGCAGUGGACCCAAACCAGACCAACAGUCUUCUGUGCUCUCGACACAUCCUCCAACCUCCACAUAUGGGACCUGAUGAAAAACGACAGAGAGCCUGUGCUCACAGAGAGGAUUCACUCCGAUAGGGUGACAGCCAUGGCUGCUUUCGGAGACUCGGGACAACAAAACACAUACUCAGGAAUUGCACUGGCACAUGAGUCAGGAAAAAUAGAAAUGCAGUAUUUUUCAAGAAACUUUACUGUUCCCAUUCUUGCAGAAGAAGAGAAGUUGAAGAAUAUGACAAGUGAAGCCUUUUGAGACCUUA